UUAACUGUGACUGCAAUUUAUUCAUUUCAAAGUAAAAAAUAUGUGGCUGAAUUGCUUUCCUCAUAUUUGCAUGAGCUUAUUAUUCAGUUUUAUUGCUGAGAUUUACAAUGUGGAUUGUGGAGUUCUUGCAGAGGAUGGUUAGUAUUGAAUUAAUAGAGGUUUUUGGGGUCACAAUACAGUGAGGGGUGAGUUAGUUGUUGAGGUAGUUAGUUGAUUUAUCUCCUUUCUUUGUAUUUCAAGCGUGUGAGGGUUUGCUUAUGGAGACGUGGGGGAAUUGUAUCUUGCUUCACCUUUCAUGUGAAGGCUGUGAAAAGGGUUCCCCCCAACUGAAGUUCUAUAUUGUCUUUGCCUUUCUCUCUAGCUCUGUCAUUUCUUUUGGCGAGAAAGCUGACCAUUACAGGCUGGUUUAAUUUCAGUUCUUCAAUAAUGGUGGGAAAGUAUGUUGGUCAGCUAUUUGGAAGUUUGGGUGUUGUUAUGAGAAGAUGCAUGUUUAAUGUUUUAUCUGUCGGUCCCAUCCCCAAUCAUUUAGCCUUCAUCAUGGAUGGAAACCGGAGGUACGCUAAGAAGCGGAACCUCGAAUUUGGGGCUGGCCAUAAGGCUGGGUUUCUAUCCCUUAUUUCUAUACUGAAAUACUGUUAUGAAUUGGGGGUGAAGUAUGUCACAGUUUUUGCUUUUGGCACCGAUAAUUUCAAUAGGCGGCCUGAGGAGGUUCAGAUGCUGAUGGACCUGAUGUUGGAAAAGAUUGAAGGGUUGCUUGAGCAAGAAAGCAUUUUGUACCAAUAUGGUGUAAGAGUAUUAUUUAUAGGUAACUUGAAACUUCUCAAAGAGCCUGUUAGAGUUGGAAUGGAAAAGGCAAUGAAGGCUACUGCCAACAACACUAGGUCUGUGCUUUUAGUCUGUGUGUCAUACUCUUCGCAAGCUGAGUUAAAGCACGCCAUUCGUGAAUCCUGCAAAGAUAAAUCGCAUGUAGUUGAAGCAUUGAAUUCUGUUGAUAAAGCUUAUGGUAGUACUGUUACCAAAGAAUCAGAAGAGUGUGAGAAGAUAAGCAGUGUGUUCUCGCACGACCGUACUCAAGAUUUCUGCCAAGAUGAAUUGGAUGAAUCUGGAGCGCAUAAGGCAAGUAGCGUUUGUAAUAAUUUGACUGUUGGAAUAAGUAACGGUGUGAUUAAAGACGAUGAGAAGAUUAAAGGGGAGUGUUGCAUUGUAAAGAUGGUUGAUAUUAAGAAGAAAAUGUACAUGGCAGUAGCUCCUGAUCCUGAUGUAUUGAUAAGAAGUUCGGGUGAGACCCGGCUGAGCAAUUUUCUACUGUGGCAAACUACCAAUUGCUCACUGUACGCUCCGGCUUCACUUUGGCCAGAGAUGGGAUUGUGGGAAAUAGUGUGGGCAACAAUUAUCUAUCAACGGAACUAUUUCUAUUUUGAAAGGAAAAAGAAGCAGUUGUAGGAGAUGAGAAUGGCCAUGGCCUGUGCAGAGGGUGGUGCUCUGUCUUGCUGGGGCAACUCACAAGUGUUUUGAAUAUUGGCAUUCAGGGAAGUUAUGUUUCCUAUUCCAUCCUGGGAGGAAGAAAUAAUUCAGAAUUAGUUGCUUCUUAUAUGUCAUGUAAUCUAAAAAGCAAUACAUUUUAUUUAUGACUAGCUAUGAUUGAUUCAUGGCUUUUGCUUAGCAUUGAAAAAUUUUCAUUUUCCAUCCA